UUAAGAAGGAAGGAAAAGCAGGAAGCCUGGGAUUUCCUUCUUCGCUUUCUGUCCCUCCUGCCUCCUAAUACGAUGAGGUAAAAGUCGUCGUCGGAGGAAACAGUGUCGUUUAGGUGGAAAGAAGUGAAGGCAGAAAUUUUAAAAGCAAAUCUCUAGAAGAUGACUGUGUUCUUUAAAACACUUCGAAAUCAUUGGAAGAAAACUACAGCUGGAAUCUGCCUGCUGACAUGGGGAGGCCAUUGGCUGUAUGGAAAACACUGUGAUAACCUACUAAGGAGAGCAGCCUGUCAAGAAGCCCAGGUGUUUGGCAAUCAGCUCAUUCCUCCCAAUGCCCAAGUGAAGAAGGCGACCGUCUUCCUCAACCCCGCAGCCUGCCGAGGCAAAGCAAGAACUCUGUUUGAAAGAAAUGCUGCCCCGAUUUUACACUUAUCUGGCAUGGACGUGACUGUCGUUAAGACGGACUAUGAGGGCCAAGCCAAGAAACUGCUGGAGCUGCUGGAGAACACGGACGUGAUCAUCGUGGCCGGCGGAGACGGGACUCUGCAGGAGGUUAUUACUGGAGUUCUUCGAAGAGCAGAUGAGGCUACCUUCAGUAAGAUUCCCAUCGGAUUCAUCCCCCUGGGACAGACCAGUAGUUUGAGUCAGACCCUCUUUGCCGACAGUGGAAACAAAGUCCAACAUAUUACUGAUGCUGCACUUGCCAUUGUGAAAGGGGAGACAGUCCCACUUGAUGUCUUGCAGAUCAAGGGUGAAAAGGAACAACCCGUGUUCGCAGUGACCGGCCUGCGGUGGGGGUCCUUCCGAGACGCUGGCGUCAAAGUUAGCAAGUACUGGUAUCUGGGGCCCCUAAAAACCAAAGCAGCUCACUUUUUCAGCACGCUUCAGGAGUGGCCCCAGACUCAUCAAGCCUCCAUCUCGUACACGGGACCUACAGAGAGACCUCCCAGUGGGGCAGAGGAGGCCCCUCCGCGGCCCUCUCUGUACCGGAGAAUCCUGCGAAGGCUCGCGUCCUACUGGGCACAGCCGCAGGACGCCCUUCCCCGCGAGGUGAGCCCCGAGGUCUGGAGGGACGUGCAGCUGUCCACCAUCGAACUGUCCAUCACGACACGGAACAGUGAGCUCGACCUGGCGAGCACAGAAGACUUCAUGAACAUCUGCAUUGAACCCGACAGUGUCAGCAAAGGGGACUUCAUAACCAUAGGGAGUAAGAAGGUGCGGGACCCCAAGCUGCGCGCCGAGGGCACCGAGUAUCUCCAGGCCAGCGCGUGCUCCCUGCUUCUCCCCGAGGGCACAGGGGGCUCCUUCAGCAUCGACAACGAGGAGUACGAGGCGAUGCCCGUGCAGGUGAAGCUGCUGCCCCGGAAGCUGCAGUUCUUCUGUGACCCCCGGAAGAGGGAGCAGCUGCUGCCGCGCUCGGCCCAGUGAGCAGCCAGGGACCAGCGCCCCAGGACUGCACCGGGGCCACUAGAAGGGACCAGAUGCCUCACUGUCCCCAUGUUGUCGGAGGACCCAGGGGCAUUUCCAUGCAAGUCCAGCACCUCUGCCCUCCUCAGUGCUGUGCCCACUGUCCAUUAGCCAGGCUUUGACUCGGAGACCAUGGCGCCCUCCCAGGGCAGUGCAAGGACGUUCUCAAGCAGCGGCUGCCAGGGGGCUGGGCCUUGCUCUCCCCCAGAUGCACCCACAGGAGGCCUCCAGGUCCCGGGCUCCUCCACUCGCUCUUCCAUGCCUGUCCGUCCUUUGGGGGCCUCCGUGCCCCCGGCUCCUCCACUCGCUCUUCCAUGCCUGUCUUUUGGGGGCCUCCAUGUCCCCGGCUCCUCCACGCCUGUCUGUCCUUUGGGCGCCGAGGGCUUCCCGCCUCCAUGUCCUGGCCUCCCCACGGGUGCUGCUGCUUGGUGAGCUCUGAGUCUCACUUAGCUUGUUUCAGGUCGAUCCUCAAUCCAAAAGUGUCGGUGUUUUCUUCUGGCCAAAAUACUGUAAAAUACUCAUUUUUUUAAAGUAGUGUUUAAAUGUUAGUUUGCAUGACAACCAUGCAUGUUGAAAAUUGAUUUACCUGGGGUCCAACCCCAAACCUAAAUAACUCCAUCCAGAGUUUUUCCUGAAAAGCCUCCGCAGGUGGUCCCCCAGCCUCCCCCGACAGCGUCAUAAAGCCGUGCACUUCCCGCAGGUACUUUCGAACAUCAGUAUCCCGUCCCGCUUUUAAGUUGACUUCUAAAAUUUUUCAUGGGAAGUUAGAGUUGCCAAAGUAUGUACUUUCUGCUGUCCUGUAAAUAUUGAUAUUUUAAAAUAAACUGUUACUUCACACUUUUA